UGUCAAUUAAACAAACAACUCAAGUUUUUUUGUGCUUUUACUUGUAGACUUGUAAACAAAUUACAUCAUUAUUUAUCAAAAUUUCGUACAGUUUACAAUAACGUCAUAUUAUUUAUUUCAUAUGAAAUAAAAAGUCCAAUUGUUUUACGGCAUUGAAAUUGUUUUUGUUUGUAUUAAGUCUAGAAAUCUACAUAUCAAGUAAGUAAAAUGUCGGACUCAAGUUCAUUUUCAUCUUUAAUGGAGCUGAUUGAUAAUCACAUGUCUAAAACCAAAAUCCAAGGUAGCCAUUCAGAUGGUGCAGGAUACGGUAUCCAGCUGCCGUCCCUCACUGGAGGAAGUCAGUCUGAUUCCCGGCUGACAUUCACGCCGGGGCAGAGACUACCCAUACCGACACUGCCAGUAGGGGACAGUCCCAUACAAAGCAUCCUUGCCAUGCAGGUGGCCAACAUGCUCAAAGCUAAAGAGAAAAGAGAAAAAGAGGAAGCUGAAGAAAAACAAAGGCUAGAGGAGAAAAUGAGGAAUGUCAAAAUUAAAGACGAAUCUGAAAAGGAAUGUAUAAUAGACCUAAUGGCUGCUCUGAAGAACUCUCCCUGCAAUCCAUCUGCCAUGCCGCCGACACCGCCGCCAGUGCUGAGCACUAGUAGCUCCCUGGAAUCCCUGUUUGAGCCCAAGUUCAUUGACUGUGACACUGAAGUAGCCAAGCCCCUGACUCCUGAACCCAUGCUGCCGUGUAUAACAGACAUGUCGUACAUACUCAAGCAAAAAAUACCCAGAGCAAAAUGCUCUAACUUUGGAAAAGUUUUGACGUCACGGUACAGACCUGUUGCUGCUCCAUACUUGAAAGAAAAAUAUGAAUGUACUAUUGAGAAAUUUGACUUCAGCACCAUGUCACCCUGUGAUAUUAUUAAGGAGAAGCUGAGAAAGCCCUGUUCAUAUAAUUCAUACCACUUUGAUGUUGCUCCAGAAUUGAGGAUGUGAAUGUUGUCUUCACUGAUCAUAUUUUAAAGUAAGGUAGUAGUUAAUAUAAUAAGUUAAUGAUAAAUACCUAAUUGUUAAACCUACAUGUAUCUCAAAUGUGUAGCCCUUAUUGACAUAAAAGUAUUAUAAUGUACUCAUGACACAGUUUAAACAUUUUAAUGAAAUUACUAUACAUUAAAUAAUGAAAUCUGUUAUUUGAAUACUUAGAUUCCUAGUUUGUUAUGUAUGCCUAAACAGUAAGGUACCAAUGGUAUUUUUAUUUUCGAAUUGAUCAACUCCUAUUUAAAUUUAAUAGUAAAUAAGGACCUAUUUAUAUUUUAGAAUAUAGGAAUUCACAUAAAUAUU